GGGGGGGGGGGGGGGAAAGGAUCCUUUCGGGACAACAGGUCAUAUCCAGGAUGAAAGGUUAGUUUUUUGUUCUUAAAAUGACUUGAUAAUGGCAUACAUGUGAACAAAAUUGUUGGUACCCCUCUGUUAAUGAAAGAAAAACCCAUGGGGGUCACAGAAAUAACUUGAAUCUGAAAUAAGUAAUAAAUAAAAAAAUCCUGAGAAUAAACCAAUGAAAAUCUGACAUUGCUUUUGAAUUGUGGUUCAACAGAAUGAUUUAAAAAAAAAAAAUAAUAAUAAUAAAUAAAAAUUCGUGAAGCAGACCUGGACAAAAAUGGUAGCCCGAGAUAAGAUUGAAAAUAAUUUGACUUUAGGGACAUGUUCAAACAAGGUGUGUCCUCUAAUUAGCAUCACGUGUCUACAUACUUGUAUUCAGUCAGUCAGCCAAUUUAAAGGGUGACAAGUAAUGAUUGUGCUGUUUGCUGACAUGGUGGGUACCACAAUAAACAUGCAACAGUGACAGCGAAAGUUGUCUCAGGAGAUUACAAAGGAAAUGAUAGACAAGCAUGUUGAAGUUAAAGGCUAUAAGACAAGCUUUAUGUUCCUGUGAUUACAGUUUCACAAAUUCAGAAAUUGAAGAUCCACGGGACUGUAGCCAACCUCCUUGGAUGUAGCUGCAGGAGGAAAAUUGAUGAAUUGAAUAAACGGAUGAUAUGAAUAUUAACAAAAGAUCCCAGAACAACUUCCAAAGAAAUGAGCAGGUGCAUUCCAAGGUCAAGGUACAUCAGUGUCAGAUCGCACCAUCCGUCGUCGUUUCAACCAAAGUGGACUUCACGGGAGACAAUCAAAGAUCACAAUCACUGUUGAAAAUAAAUCAUAAAAAAGCCAGACUGGAAUUUCCCAAACUGCAUGUUGACAAGCCACAAAGCUUCUGGGAGAAUGUCCUAUGGACAGACGAGACACAACUGGAACAUUUUGGCAAGGCACAUCAGUUCUAUGUUCACAGACGCAAAAAUGAAGCAUACCGAGAAAAGAACACUGUCCCUGCUGUGAAACAUGGAGGAGGCUCUGUUAUGUUCUGGGGCUGCUUGGGUUAAUCUGCCACAGGGUGUCUUGAAUGUGUGCAGAGUACAAUGAAAUCUCAAGAGUAUCAAGGUAUUUUAGAGCUUGAAAGCUUGGUCUCAGUUGCGGGUCGUGGGUCUUGCAACAGGAGAAUGAGCCAAAACACAGCUAAAAACAUGCAAGAAUGGCUAAGAGCAAAACAUUGGACUCUUCUGAAGUGGCCUUCAAUCGAAACCCUAUCGAACUUCUGUGGAACGAGCUGAAACAUGCCGCCUGUUGAAAGCACCCUUCAAACCUGACAAACCUGGAGCAGUUUGCUCUUGAAGAGUGAGCCAAAAUAGCUGCUCACAGGUGCAUAAGUCCAACGUUGAACGUUUGAAAAAUCCUUUGAUUGCAUUAAUUGGAACCUCAAAAGGUGGUGCAACUAAGUAUUAAGGGUACCAUCGUUUCUGGCAAGGCCUGUUUCAUGAGUUUGUUUUUUUAAAGUGAUUCUGUAGAACCACAAUUCAAAUGCAAUGUCUAAUUUGAAAUGGUUAAUUUUCAUUACAUUUGUAUUAUUGCUUUUGUCACAUUCAAGUCAUCUCUGUGACUACAGUGGGCUUUUCUUUCAUUAACACGGGGGUGCCAACAAUUUUGUCCACAUGUAGUAGGGGACCAUCUCUGCUUCUUCUUGGUUGGGUUUCUGCGGGGGAUUCACUGUACUCUGAAUCGUCUCAUGUUGGAUCUUCUCGUUCCUUGUAGAUCUCAUAUAAUGCAAAUAAUCUAAAAUGGGUGACUGGAACUUCCUGGGUGGCAUCUUGGAGGAGGUGCACAUCCACUCCACCAUGGUGGGCAAGAUCUGGCUGACCAUCCUGUUCAUCUUCCGCAUGCUGGUGCUGGGCGUGGCCGCCGAGGACGUGUGGAACGACGAGCAGUCGGACUUCAUCUGCAACACGGAGCAGCCGGGCUGCCGCAACGUGUGUUACGAUCAGGCCUUCCCCAUCUCGCUCAUCCGCUACUGGGUCCUGCAGGUCAUCUUCGUCUCCUCGCCCUCGCUGGUCUACAUGGGCCACGCCAUCUACCGGCUGCGCGCCCUGGAGAAAGAGCGCCACUGCAAGAAGGUGGCGCUACGCCGCGAGCUGGAGUCGGUGGACGCCGAGAUGGCGGACGCCCGGCGCCGAAUCGAGAAAGAGAUGCGGGGGCUGGAACAGGGCAAGCUCAAUAAGGCCCCGCUGAGGGGCUCGCUCCUUUGUACCUACGUGGCGCACAUCGUCACCCGCGCCGUGGUGGAGGUCAGCUUCAUGACGGGCCAGCUGGUCCUCUACGGGCACCGCCUCAGCCCGCUCUACAAGUGUGAUCGCCAGCCCUGCCCCAACGUGGUGGACUGCUUCGUGUCGCGGCCCACCGAGAAAACCGUUUUCAUGGUCUUCAUGCAGGCGAUCGCCUGCAUUUCCUUGUUCCUCAGCCUCCUGGAGAUCAUGCACCUGGGCUACAAGAAGAUUAAGAAGGGCAUUCUGGAAUACUACCCACAUAUCAAGGAGGAUCUGGAUGACUUCUACGUAAACAAGUCCAAGAACAACUCGGUGGUGCACCAGGUGUGUGUGGGCACCUCGGCGGGGGGCCGCAAGGCUACCAUCCCCACGGCGCCCAGCAGCUACACCUUGCUGCUGGAGAAGCAGGGCAACGGGCCCAACUACCCGCUGCUCAACACCGCAUCGGCUUUCGUACCCAUCCAGGAAGACCCGGGCGUCAAGCCGGGGGGCUUCAAGGAGAGCAAAGAGGGCGUCCCCAGCCCCACCGAUCAGAACAGCAACAACACAAGCAGCGAAACCCGCUCGCCACCUGCCGACAAGGACGCCGACGAGCCGGACCGCGCCGAGUACCCCGCCUCCUCCGACCCGGCCUCCUGCGCCACUCUCCCAGUCGUGGCCCGGAAGUCCCGGAGACCGAGUCCGCAGUGGAACUGCUCCACGGUCCUGGAGGGCAACGCGUCAGACAGCGGGGACUCCUACCGGGGCGGCGCCGUGAAGCUCCGCGGAGGAAACGGAAGCGCGGGCCCGCGCGCCAGGAACCUGCUCUCCAAGCCGGACAGCGUGAGGAGGCCCGGCAGGCCCCAGAGCCCGGACUCGGGCGGCGACGCCAGCUCGCCGUCCCGACGCAGCCGAGACAGCCCCAGCCCCGCCGCCUCCUCCCCCAAACGGCGGGUGUCGGUGACCAGCAGCGGCGGCAGCAGCAGCAGGCGGGCGCCCGCCGCCCUGCAGAUUUGAUGGGCCCCUCUCUGGCGGACAGUUUGUGACAGGCAAGGGUGGGAAGUAACGAAAUACAAAUACUUCGUUACAGUACUUAAGUAGAUUAUUCAGGUGUCUGGACUUAAGUCCUUAUUUUCCUGGUGGGAAGGCAGUGGUGGAAAGUAACAAAGUACAAAUACUUGGUCACAGUUCUCUGGAUCUUUAUUUUUCUGACAAAUUUCAGGCAUUUUUCAACCUCUGCAGUGUAACAAAGUCCAAAUACUUCAUUAUACAGGACGUCCUCGAUUUACGAACGAGUUCCGUUCCUACGCUGGCGACGUAACACCAUUUCCCGCGUAAGUCUGAUUUCACCGUUAAAGUCGAAAUCUACGGCAAAAUACUUCUGUUACCGGUAUUCUCCCACGUGAUUGUGACAGGCAGCUCAGUGUGUGCGUCGAUGUGUGAGAGGGUCAGGAGUGCGCGCCGGUGCGAGUGUGUGGCGUGGCAAGCGUCGUGACGGCGAUUAGCGGAGGGACCCGUUGACGUCGAAGCCGUUAAAGCAGCAAAUCGGCGCUUCGUGCCUUUAUUGUUGCCGCCGCCCAGCUCGGCUGUGCCACGAGAGAAGGGAGUCGACACCCGCCACGCUCAGGUGACCGUGGUCGGGAAAGGUUAACACUUCGUAGAAAGAAACUAAAAUACAUUCAAAUAAAACACAUUUUUAAAAAAGAUGCUGUACUUACCAUUACUGCUGAGAGUGUGAAAAAAGGCAAAGAUACUCCCGGCGCACAAACACAAACAAGCGCUAUGCGCUAGCUAAGCAGAAACACUGCGGCGGUGCUGGGACACAACGGCGGACGAGGCACGGGCGUCGUCAAGUCGAAACGUCGUAGGUCGAGCGCGGCGUAACUCGAGGACGUCCUGUAGCGCUUGGGUAGAUUUUUCAGGCAUCUGUUCUAGAGUACCGGUAUUUCUUUUGACUUGGACUCCCCGCAUUUGAAAACGGCUUUCGACCCCACUGUGUCAAAGUAGGCCGUUUACUUUUUUCAACCAACCAGACGACACGACGAAACGAGCAUAAAGGUUGGGCCAGGGCUAGCUACCUCUUAAAAAUCAACAUGCCAAAUGGACUGUAAAUAUUUGUCCUUUUUAGUAUGAGCAGUUAAUAAAAGAGUGCAACUA